CUCGCGGGGUUUUUACGCGCCGUCGGAUGGUAGAGCUUCCACCUGCACUCCAUCAAAGCGGCGCUCCUGUGAAGCUGCAGAAUCCUUCUACAUUCCUGUGGACUGGACCUGCACAUCCAAAAGGUACAGCAGGAUGCAAGGCAUACGGCCGCUGUGGGGACAGAAGCCCUUGCUGGCCCUUCUCCUGCUCCAAGCUGCAGGUUCUGGUUUAACUAACGCUGACGCUGUGGUUAAUAUGCGGAAGGUGACUCAUCGGACCAUUAGUGAAGAGCUCUCUAAAACGGUUCUCCUCCCUUGCCUCUUCACCCUCCGUCCCAGUGCCGGUUCUCCCCACGAACAUCCCAGGAUCAAGUGGACCAAGGUUUGGGGCCAAAGAGGCUCAGACGGCCUACAGAAGGAACAGUCGGUGCUAGUGGCCAAAGACAACGUGGUCAAGGUGAAGAAGGCCUUCCAAGGUCGUGUAGCACUGCCUGGUUACAAUAAGGACCGUUACAACGCCAGUCUCGCUUUGACUGGGUUACGCUCAAGUGACUCUGGUCUGUACCGCUGUGAGGUGGUGGUGGGCAUCAAUGACGAGCAGGACACAGUUCCACUGGAGGUCACAGGCAUUGUGUUCCACUACCGGGCCCCACAUGACCGCUAUGCCUUGUCCUUUGCUGAUGCCAAGAGGGUGUGCACAGAAAACUCGGCUGCCAUUGCAACUCCCGGUCAGCUGCAAGCAACCUUUGCCGAUGGCUAUGACAACUGCGAUGCUGGCUGGCUGGCUGAUCAGACUGUUCGGUACCCCAUCCAAUCGCCUCGGCCCGGUUGCUAUGGUGAUCGCGAGGACUCACCUGGUGUCCGUAACUAUGGCAGUAGAGCCCCCGAUGAGCUGUUUGAUGUCUACUGCUUUGCUAAGCAGCUUCAAGGUGAGGUGUUCCACUCCACUGUGCCUGAGAAGCUGAGCCUUGCCACUGCUUCCACCCACUGCCAUACUCUGGGAGCCCAGCUGGCCACUGUCGGACAGCUUUACCUGGCUUGGCAGGCUGGCCUGGACCAGUGUGACCCUGGCUGGCUGGCAGAUGGCAGCGUCCGCUAUCCCAUAAACGUCCCGCGGAAGAACUGUGGCGGAGACGAACCCGGGGUGCGGACAGUCUACAACAACCCCAACCGCACCGGCUUCCCAGACACCACCGCUCUGUUCGAUUCCUUCUGCUACAGAGCUCAUCAGCCAGCAGGAAUCCAGGCUUCUGAGGCAAAGGCUUUACACCAGACCAGACCAGCUGCACAGGAGUUGUCUCCAGCCCCAGAAGCCCAAAGAAAAUCCCAUUCCACUGAAACACCUGCCUGGGCUGGCUUAGUUGACUCAAACACAACAGGACUCUCAUUUCUCGUGAGAAUAAACAGCUCAUCUAGGACCUCUGAAGAGCACAUGGUCAACUUAAAGCAUGAAGACGGUUGGGACGAAAGACAAAAUGAAUCCAGAGGAAGUCAACAUGGCCAGGAUGAGACUGAUGGUUCAAAAAGUAACCACACCUCGGGUCUAUUUGACUUUAAAAUGGCAGAGAGCCAUGGAGGUUCUGCCCAAAAGGAGGAGGAUUACAGCUACUAUGAAUUUGACACCUCAACCCCAUCUUCUACACCACUCCCUCCGACAGGUAGUAGUAUCCUCAAUGGAUUUUUGAAUACCCUCAUGUGGCCCUUCAAGUACUGGACAGGGAGCCAAGAGGCAAACGAGACGGCGGGGUCGCCCUCAGCGCCCGAGGGGGGAGCUGGAGAGAAUCAGGGACAAGAACAAGCAUCUAACGGAAACACAAGUGUCCCAAAGCAGAGUGAAAUCAAGAGCAUCACGGACAACGCUAUAUUGGAGCUGAAAAGUGGUACUUUCUCCCUCAGAGGUGCCACAGGUGAGCAGCAGAGCUUAGAGAAGGAACUGUCUGAGCAGGAAAAAGAGCUCAGGCCACUGAUUAAACUUGUCCCAGCUGUGCCAGAGCAAAGAGGGAAUGAAGGUGUUGCCAAUACGUACAAACAUCAGUCCGCCCUAAAUGAGUUGCCUGCAUCAGGUCAUGUGGAGAAGUCUCUACCCAUCAAGCAGGUCAACGUAUCCAGUCCUCAGAGUCCCAAAUGGGACCCUUCCAUUGCUCCUGUGGUCCCCAGUGUUCAUUUUCAGUGGGCCGUCAAGGCCAUGCAUGGCCCAAAACAGGAGCUCCCUGAAAACGAGGCUUAUGUAGUCAAAUAUCCUUCAUGGGAGCCCAAGGAAGCUAAGGCAGGACCCCUUGAAUUGAUCACUCUGCCUAACUCCCAUCAACAGGAAAACAUGGAAAACUAUUCGGGAGAAGGCAAGGAAGUGAAUUCAGAAGGUGUUGGUGCUGUGGCUGACAGAGGUGGACCUGCGUCAGGAGAAGAGAAAGACGUGGAAGGGAGUGGAGAUGAGAGCAGCUUUUCUGCUGGCUUUGAAAUGAAUGUGCAAAAUUUGUCCAGUAUCGUUGUCAACUUAAGUCCUAAAACUGAAUUUUCUCCCAUCACGAGUGAUUUUGUGUCCUUGGAUGAGCGCACCACUCAGCCUCAUUGGCAGUUGGUAGAGCAAUCCACUAUCUCACCUCAGGGCCUGCUGGAACCAGCGACAGCAGAAGAAGCCAAGGAGGAGGUUCUCUAUGUCCACAAGCCUACUGACAAUCUCUUCUCUGACUCUCCUGUGCAAACAACUAGUGAAAGCAGGAGAGAGGAGAUGGUUACAUCAACAGAAGCCUCAGCAGAGGUUCUGACCACUUCUGAGGUGACCACUGUAGAGAUUUUGUCCGUAGGUCCACACAGGACAGAUCUUACUACUGAAGCAAUAAUAACUGAAAAUACUCCCGAGAGCUCUGCUAUGGAGGAGCCAUCAAUCUCAAUUUCAUGGAUUCUGGAAGAGAAAGAGGAGAUUACAAGUGUACCUGAUCUGGAAGAACGCUUCUCUGAAACUCUGACACCCACUGAAAGAUCACAAGCUGGAGUUUCUCAGUGGACCACCAUUGCAUCAGUCUCAGGGGUUACAGAAAUGGAAUCAAGAUCUGCAGUAUCAGAGUCCUUUGUUGUAGGAAGUCAUUGGACACCUUUCAAAGAGUUGACUUCGAAGGAACCAAAAGCCUCUGAGACAACAGAGAACAAAGACUCAAACAACCCUUUUGGUAGUCUUGUACCCAACUGGGCCUUUGGCCUCAUCUCAUCAGUGGAGACUAACCCAUGCCAGACCAGCCCCUGUCUCCACGGUGGGAGCUGCCUGCAGGAAGGUGAUGGCUAUAGCUGCUAUUGUCCUCAGGGUUUCUCUGGAGAGAACUGUGAGAUUGAUAUUGAUGACUGCCAGUCUAAUCCGUGCCAGAAUGGAGGAACCUGCAUUGAUGAGAUCAACUCUUUUGUGUGUCUUUGUCUGCCCAGCUAUGGAGGAGCGACGUGUGAAAAAGACACCGAGGGCUGUGAGCACUCAUGGAGGAAGUUCCAUGGCCACUGUUACAGGUAUUUCAGCCGCAGACACACCUGGGAGGACGCUGAGAAGGACUGCAGGGAACACAACGGCCACCUGGCCAGCAUUCACAGCACAGCCGAGCAGAACUUCAUCAGAGGUCUGAGCCAUGAUAACACUUGGAUUGGGCUGAAUGAUCGUACAGUGGAGGAUGACUUUCAGUGGACGGACAAGAUGGACCUGCAAUACGAAAACUGGCGUGAAAACCAACCGGACAACUUCUUCGCUGGAGGAGAGGACUGUGUGGUUAUGAUUGCCCGUGAAAACGGCAAAUGGAAUGACGUUCCCUGCAACUACAACCUGCCUUACGUCUGCAAGAAAGGAACAGUGAUUUGUGGAACCCCUCCCACUGUGGAUAAUGCCUUCCUGAUUGGACGAAAGCGUUCACACUAUGACAUCCACUCAGUAGUGCGCUACCAGUGCACUGACGGCUUCCUGCAGCGCCAUGUGCCCACAGCUAAGUGUCGUGCCAAUGGCAAGUGGGACCGACCUAAAAUUAUCUGCAUAAGAUCUCGGCGAGCCCAUCGUUACCGGCGCCACCACCACCACCACAAGGGGAAGAGGGAGCGCCGGAAGCACAAGAGGCAUGGCCAUAGACAGGGGGGUCACCAUGGAGGGGAGCUCAGCCAGGCCCACAGCCACGCCCACUUCUGAACCAAAAUAAAAAAGGACAUCCGAUUCCCGAUUCUCCUGCAAGCUGCCGUUUGCCUGUUUCCCUGCUGUCCUCGUUUCCCCAAAUACCUCUACACCCCCACCGCCCACCUUCAUGUACCACACUCUCCUCUCAGAGGCAACCUGCAUAUUAGUCCAAUCUGAGGCUUGGCAAAGUGCUGCCACACGUCGCCAGGACUUUAACCAACCCUAAAAUUUCCUUUAACGUUUGGUUCUAACCCUUCUGUCUUUCAUCUCCCCUCCCACUUGAUCCAUUUCCUCUGCCUUUGAGCUCUUUGAGCUCUGACCUACAUGCUGACCUGUUUUCGACGAAGAACGGAACAAAAACCUUCAAGAUUGACCCUGAGCAUACUUUAGUGAGGUACGAACUGUAAAUAGGGAUGACAUCAAUGAAAGUCAGACGAGUUCAUGGUGAUGUUGUGGUAAUGACUUGAGCCUUUUGUCUACCGAACAGUUAUUUUUUACAAAUACUCUGUGUUCAUUUGCUAUCUUCUGCUGCUUUUGGUUUGCCCUUUGUAAAACUAAACAGCUAACUGAUUCUUUUUUUUUUUUUUUGGAACCAGAGGCAGAUGUAAUUGAAUGAUUUGAUUGUUAGCUUUGUAUUUUCUUGUCAGUGUGAGACAGUUACUUUAGAUCAGAUGAUGAAACCCCAGAGGAAAAAUGGAAAACUCCCCCCAUCUUCAUUCAGCUUCAUCACAUCAACACAUCAGUCUCUCCUCAGAAGUGUUGAACAAUCUCAAACCGUUCCUGCUGUGUCAACAUCCUCACCUGUCGUUGCCAGGGGUUCAUCUGCACGUUUGAUUCCAGCUUGUCUCAACUCAGAUCAGCACUCAUACACCUGUUUUCACUCAUUGUUUGUGAUGUUGUUUGUUGCUGGAGGAUUUUGAGCUGUGAAUGUGUUGUGUGUCUGUUCUUCCCCUAUUUUAGAGUUUCACAGAUGUUUUAGGGCAUUUUGCUAUGUGUUUUGAGAUUUGAGAUUAGAUCAUGAAGCAUGUGUGACUUUAUAAACUUGAAGAAACAUUUUAAAUAUAUGGAAGCACAUGACAACAUUCUGAUGUGGACUACCCUGGAGAGGUUGUUGUAGAUUUAAGUGAUUGGCAUGUUUUCCCUUUUAAAAAUGGAUUUUGUUUGAAAAUAGGUGUAUUAUUGGAAUAAAUUUACAAUGUCACCAGGAAAUAGAUGCAUCCUUACCUUGCAAGGGAGCUAGAUCACUAGACAAACCAUCUAUGUUACUAAACCCUGGGACAUCUUUAUAGAAGGAGUGUAGAAAGCUAACAUAAUAUCCUCCAUCAUUUGAUGAAUGUCUUACAUUUAAAAUGUGAACAAAGAUUUCUGCACAGGUGCAAGUGUUUAGUUUUCUUUUACGUAACAAGAAACUGACAGAAGGUUCAUCCAGAUAUCAGAGCCUGAUGGUUCUGUUCACAGCUUCUGGUGCAUCAGGUUUGUUGAUUCCUGUUUAAACCGUUCAAAGUAACUUUUUUUUUUACUCCAGAUUGAUUUUAAAGUGAAAUUACCUUCUCCAUGUCUGAUAGCUCCCUUCAUGUUAUUCUGAAAAAUGCUUGAAUACUCCUAUAAUCCCUAAAAUCUGUUUCAGCAUCUGAUGAUUAUGCCACCAAUGCCUCCAUCUUGGAUGUUGCCCGUGUCUUCAACACUGUCUUCUGCGGGUGGUGUGGGUCUACAGGAGGAGAUGCCAUGAAGCUCAUUUAAGCUGAACCAAACCCCGUAGGUAAAGGCCUGGCCACCAAGUGGUUGCAAACGAGCCACUACCCCAUGCCUUUCUCCCGGGUGAGGCUCUGGUAUCCCAACUCUAGAUGAAUUGUGCUGAGUCAGGCCUAGUGACUGUAGAUAAAAGAUGGACAGACCCUCUGCGCUGUCACCAUUGACUGUUAAAAAUACGGACAAACCCUCCGGGACGUCACCCAUGGGUUUCUGAGGCUUUGAGUUGAAGCCUAGUGGGCGGUUCCAAUCAAGAGUCUUGUCACGCUCAGACAUUCAAAAAAUGGACAAACAGGUGGGGCUGAGCGCAAGACUCUGAGAGUCUGAGUCAGCCAUUUAUUCCCCAGCUACAAGCUAACUGUGCUAAUCAAAGCUUACAGAGAUCCUCUGGUGAUUUUAGCCAGAAAAAUGCAGUUGAGCAACUCAAAAGCGAAGCGCGCGUCAACUCAGAGUUGUGGUAUUUCUGCGGCCUCCCUCAGAGAGCUGGCUGGGUUUCAGUACCCAACCAGCCCUACCAACAUGUCAUAGUUGAACCCAUUUUUGACCAAGCAGUGUUUUAUUGAAUGCGUUUUCAACCAGCUAAUUAAAGUACAGAGAUAUAAUUUUACUGCAGAUAAAAAUGGAACAAAAACUUUUUGUAUGGUCUGUUAGUCAAUCAAUACCACAGCUAGCCAUUUUUGUCCAACAAUUACACGAAUAACAUCCAAACACAAACGGGACACAAUUAAUGGUCAAGUUCAACGAACCUAAAAGAUCGAACAUUUCAUAACUGUUAAAGUUUUCCAUGCUUGAGACCAGAGGAGGUGGGGGUGUUUGUGGACGACUUGUGUCUGUGAAAGUGUGUUUUGGGUGGACGGGACUCGUGUCACCUCUCUCCGCUGUCCGUGAGAGCGCAGAGGGGAUUGCUGUUUCAGCGAGAGAAAUUGAAGGUGUGGCAUGACUGUGUGUGAAGGUCAGAUUUGUGUGUCUCGUAUUCAGUGCAUGAAAGUUGUUUUUUUCAGCUGUGAAGUUGGCAUUUUUAACAUAGGACUCAACGGGAACUUUCUCCUGUCUGGAGCCAUCCCCCAGCGGACGAGGGGGGCACUUAACUUCCACACUGGCUUCGCCUUUGGCAGGUGGAGUUUUCCCCUUCGUCAUGCCCCUCCCCCACAACUCAUUAUCCAUGAGGGGACCUAACAGGUAAAAACUGCCCAAGAAAACCACUUAUGGGAUCCUUGGGGCAAUCAAACCCACCCUGUAGGUGACCAUGCAUUGCGAGGAUAUUAAGUUGUUCCUCGUUAAGUUACUAAAGUAACUUAAUUACUUUGCAACAAUAUCCUCCACUGCAGUUAUGGGUCCUUUUCAAAUGCAAGUUAACUUUGUGAGCGUGUCCUUAUGUUCAUCUGAAUAUCUUUUAUUUUAAAGUAAAGUUAAAUGUUGGAUAAUACAUAAACUUACAGGAGCAGCAUGCUGUUAGAAAUCAGCUGUUAGAAUUUGUUUUUGAAGCUUCAUGGGUUGAACAUGAACAGGCAUGAAUAGACUCGUGUUGAUGGCUGUGAAACCAUUAAUCCAAUGUGUGAACAGGGUAUAACGGUGGUUAAAGGUAUGAAAAAGGUUUUAGGUUUUGCUCGUAUCCUUGGGUGUAGGUUAUAGGACACAUUGACGGUGGUUGACGUCUCCCUCGAUGAUGGAGGUUCCUGUUUCUGAUGUGAGCUCACAGUUGUUCACAGCUGAACUCGACUCGGCCGCGUGUUAUGUUUUUAAAAGAAGGAUAGAGUCAAAAGGAUUAAGUGCUUUGCUUUCUUUUUCUCCAUCUUCACUGUCCAGAUGAAUCAUUGUUUUUUUUUAAGCCAGCCUUUGAGGUUGGAGCUUCUGGGAUUACAACCCAGACACUGACUGCUUCAUGUCUUUUUGAUGGUUUUACCUCCAUCUUCUUUACUCUUUGCUGCUAGUCAUCCAUUUUUGGCUCUCUGCUUAUUUUGUGAUAGAAAAUGAUAACACAUACAUUCACUCAGUUUAACCCUAUCACUCCUGGAACACAGUCACAUCAGUUAGGAAAGUCCACCCUGUGCCAUGAAUUAUUUGUCUUUGUCUCCUCUCACCUUGGCAGUGACAACACCGGUAAAUCUGCACCUUUAUAUCAGUCCGAUUAAUCUGCUGCAUGUUUAUUUAACACGUAGCAUUAUCUGUCCAACAACGGAGCGGCGAUGGCAGGAGAAGAGUAAUGUUGACGGACAGCCAGGGGAGGCUACAGGGCGACUGUCUUAGCCGUCAAACCCCUGUCACUUUGCAGAUGACAGGCUGACAAUGGGUAUUUUUUCUGUCAAAUGGCUUGCUCAUGGGUGGUGAAUAAAAGGGCAGACAGAAUCCCCUCUCGCAGCAGAGCUGAUGCUCAAAGAUGGGUAAUUACAGUCAUGUAAAAGUUCAGCUAUGUGACAGGACAAAAAAAUCGUAAUGGGAUUAAGUGGUGGUUGAGUCGAGCUGCAAUACAUAUCUGGAGGAGACAAAAUGUGAUGCGAUCAAAAACAUAGUGAUGAAGAGAGGAAAUCAAUUCUCAGCAGGAGCAUCACAGAAUUAUCUUCAUCUUUCAUCCAAAAUAAGGAGAACGGACACUGACAGCAUUUUGUCUUUAGUUGAAAGUUUGAGAAGCCAAAAAUAAUGUCUACUCCACAUAAAAAGGUCUGUGUGAAAAUAGUUUCCUUUAACAACGUCUUCUUGCAACACAUUCUCACUCCCCGUGCGUCAAAAACAAACGCUUGGUCAGCCACCCUCCGCGUCACACCCCUGACGCCAAAAGUGCCCUUUUUCGUCACUUAUGUGCCAAAAGGGGUUUUUCCCUUUUCUGACUGCAGAUCCCAAUGCAGCGUAAAACUGAUGCGAUUAGAUAUCCGCUGAUGCGGCACCGAACCAGCUCAUUUCACCGCACCUAAACCUUAACGUUUCACUAUUUAUAACCUUCCCCUCUCCCUCAUCCUAACCUUAACCCUCUUGCUACCUAAAACGUUACUCUCACUGUGAUCAAGCAUUUGUUUCCCAUGUAUUCUGACUCUGACAGGCAGAGUCUGACUGUAAUUUUUGUAUUAGCUGCCCAAGGGGAACGUUAGAACAUACCAUCUGCAAGGGGGAGGUUACACAUACCCUCUACCUUAAACCUCCCCCGUGGUAGUUGAAACUUCCCCCUCGCAUUGGCUCAGUCCAAACUCGACCAAUGACGAGGCGGCUCUCGCCGUUCACUUCAUAGAGCCGGCUUUUAGAGCGAUCGACACAUCACUAACGUGUUCACUAGCAAGACGGUUAAGGUUAGGAUAGGGGUGAGGGGAAGGUUAAAUAACAAGAGGAUAAGGUUAGGGUGAGGUACAAUGAGCUUGUUUGGUGCCCUGGCUGCGGACAUCCCAUCGCGUCAGUGUAACGCUGCAUUGGGAUCUGCAGUCAAAUAAGGGAAAAACCCCUUUUCGCACAUAAGUAACGAAAAAGGGCACUUUUGGCGUCAGGGGUCUGACGUGGAGGGUGGCUGACCAAGCGUUUGUUUUUGACGCUCUGGGAGUGAGAAUGUGUAGCGCAGCCAGGGCACCAAACAAGCUCAUUGUACCUCACCCUAACCUUAUCCUCUUAUGUAACCUUCCCCUCACCCUAUCCUAACCUUAACCAUCUUGCUAGCGAACACGUUAGUGAUGUGUCGGUCACUCUAAAAGCCGGCUCUUUGAAGUGAACGGCGGGAGCCGCCUCGUCAUUGGUCGGGUUUGGACCGAGCCAACGUGAGGGGGAGGUUUCAACUACCAUGGUGGAGGUUAAAAGUGGAGGGUAUUUGUAACCUCGCCAGAUGGUAUGUUCUAACGUUCCCCUUGGGCGGCAAAUACGAAAAUUCACAGUCAGAAUACAUGGGAAGUAAACGCUUGAUCACAGUGAGAGUAACGUUUUUGGUAGCAAGAGGGUUAAGGUUAGGAUGAGGGAAAGGUUAUAAAUAGUAAAGCAUUAAGGUUUAGGUGUGGUUAAAUGAGCUGGUUCGGUGCCGCAUCAGCGGAUAUCCCAUCGCGUCAGUUUUACGCUGCAUUGGGAUCUGCAGUCAGAAAAGGAGAAAACCCCUUUUGGCACAUAAGUGACGACAAAGGGCACUUUUGGCGUCAGGGGUCUGACGUGGAGGGUGGCUGACCAAGCGUUUGUUUUUGACGUGCUGGGAGUGAGAAUGUGCUCCUUCUUGGGAGGAAAUAGACUUUCUCACGUAGCAGAAGAAGGAAAAAAAUCCUACCUUAACGAUGUUAAAUGAAUUCAAACACUAGAAACUUCAAACGCUGUUUGGCUCUUUGCUUUUGACAACUCGUUUUAAUCUUCCCCGCUCGCACCCCUUCUCGUCUUCCGUCUCUGGGCACUUGAGCCCCGAGGGCAGGCAAACAGACAGCCACAGAGCCCAGUUAUAGGGAUUCUUAAUGAUGAAGAAGAGCAAGUUAACAGAGAGGUUUUUGCCAGCUGUCUCUCGGCUUAGCAACGAGCUCAGUGCCUGAGGGGGAAGAGCCAUAUAGCCUCACAGUCAGUAGGCCCUUUUGUUGCUUAUUGCAAUCGUCAUUAUUUGCACUUAUAACUCAUGCUAAAGACAUGGAAGCUUAACACGGGUGAGAGGAGAAAGGUUUAGGAUUGAUUGCAACAGACAUUCGAGUGCUUCAAACUGUGUUACAGACUUAAAAACCAGGCCUGCUGCAUCUAAUUUUAAGUUCCAGUUCAGAAUAUCCUGAAAAUGCUGCAAACUGAGCAAUCCCAAAGUAAUUUAUGCAGUCAGUAUUGAACAGUAUAGUUCACUUCUGAUCAGUAAAAGAGCAAAGAAAGAAAAGACAAUAGAAAUGGCUAAAUCCACGCUGUCGUUCUUUUUUUAAAACACAGAAACUGUUUCGUUACCUGUUUUGUCGCUACGUUUUGCCGGCGUCUGCAGGCUUCCUCAGGCUGACGCUGAUGGUGGUGCGUCACUUCCUUCUCCGUUUAUCCGUGGGCAGCAGAGAACGUUGUCGCCCUCUGCUGCCCGCUCUCCCCUCUCCGACGAUGCAGUCCCAUGUGCGGUCCAACGUGUACACUCCGUCGUCCCUGUUCAUGGUCCCACAUCCACGUCUCUUUAUCUGGAUUGCUUCUUUAACAACGUCCUCUGCUGCCUGCGGAUAAACGGAGGAGGAAAUGACGCGCCACCAUCAGUGUCAGCCUGAGGAAGCCUGCAGCCGCCGGCGAAACGUAGCGACAGAACAGGUAAUGAAACCGUUUCUGUGUUUUAAAAAAAAGAACGAUAGCAUGGAAUUAGAACUAAUACACAGCAAGAACACAUCUAAGAUGUUCAAAGAGAAAUGGCUAAACUUUUGGAGUGAGGCUUUGUGGAUGUGUACCAAAGUACAAACAGAUCCAUAAUGUUGCCUCACCUUGUCGUAGGGAUGGAGAACUCCUAAAGCCGGAUGGACACUGUGCGACUCACUUACUUACUUGUAGCAUUCAGCUCCAUCCCAAAUUGUACGACUUAGUCGUGUGUUUACAGUGUACCACCCAGUUCUCAGAUGCAACAUGACUGCUCACACUACAUCUGGUAGCAACACAUCGAACCUGCUAAAAAUAGCAUUUUCUACACAAUACGUCUGACUUUCUUUGUGCUGUUAUUGAUGUCUGCUGUCCUUCGGGAUUGCUGUAGGAGGACACAGGGGUUUAUGUGGGUUGGGGGAGGAAGACAAAAGAAAGAAAGCAAAUCAAUGUUUUAUCAGUAUUAUUUGACGUAAACACGGCAAACAUGCUUUCUUGACCACCUUGUCAUUAUGUGUGAAAAAAGUGUAUAAUUAAAAACAAAUGACAUGAGGGAAAUAGCUGGCGAGCCGUGUUGACGCAAGUUUGCGCAUGCGCCGUGAGCAGUUCUGGUACUUUAUGGGUCGCAGCGCUGCUUCAACAGUGCAAUACCCUCAUGAGGGACGAGCAAAAUAUCAAACAUGGCAGAAAUUUGUGAGAGCUCACAAUUGCUGAUCAGCAGCUCUCACAAGGUGUUAAUCGCCUCGCGUACCCCCCUGUAUACUACACCAGUGUUUCCCAACCCUGAUCCUCAGGGCACACUGACCUGGAUGUUUUCCAUGUUUCUGCUUCAGCACACCUGAUUUACAUUGCCUCCUCAGGAGGACAUCAAGUGCUGAAGAUGCCUGUUAAGUCAUACACUUAAGUCAGGUUUGUGGCAGCUGGGAAAACACCGGUGUUUGAAAGGGCAACAUGGAAAACAUGCAGGACUGUGUGCCUUGAGGAAGAAGAAGAAGAAAAUAUCAUUUCUACAGCGCCUCUGGGUCCACGCCUCUCAAGAUGAAAAUCACGAGGCGCUUCACAAAAACAAAAAAAUGUAAAAAUAUAGAAAGAAUUUAGAAAAUGGUUAAAAAAUAUAUUUAAAAUGAGCAAAAAAUAGACAAUUGUGAUAAAAAAAAAUUUAAGAAAGAGAGAGAGUGAAUAGGAAAGAGGGAAAUCAGUGGAUCCUGAGGAAGGUGGAAUAGGUGGGGAGAGCAGAACAAAGAGAGAGUGGUGAAGAAGGUCAUACAAAAGCCAGCUUGAACAAGUGAGUCUUCAGCUGCUUUUUAAAGGAGACCACUGAGUCCACUGAUCUCAGGCUCAGGGGGAGAAAGUUCCAGAGUCUGGGGGCCACAGCAGCAAAUGAUCUGUCACCUUUGACCUUUAGCCUGGUGCUGCACAACCAGUAGGCUUUGGUCACUGGACCUCAGGGACCUGCUGGGGGUGUAGGGACUAAGAAGAUCACCAAUGUAAGAUGGUGCUUGUCCAUGUAAGGCCCUAUAGACCAGAACCAGGAUCUUGAAAUGAACCCUGAAGUUGACUGGCAGCCAGUGAAGCUGGAGGAGAAGCGGGGUGAUGUGGGUGUGUUUGGAGGACUUGGUCAGAAGCUGAGCACAGGCAUUCUGAACCACCUGUAGACGGUUCAGGGAGGUUCUGCUGAGACACGUGAAAAGAGAGUUACAGUAGUCUAAGCGUGAGGAGAUGAAGGUGUGGACAACUGUCUCAAGUUCAGAGCGGGACAGAAUGGAACUCAGCUUUGCAAUGUUCCUGAGAUGGAAGAAGGAGGACCAGGGUUGGGAACCACUGUACUGACACAUUACGUCAAACUCGCCCCAAUCUCGUAGAUUCUCAAACGAGGGGAAAAUCGGCUCAAAUAAGUUGCAGCUUGGAGGAGGAGAUCUCAUGUGAGCCGAGUUUAGGUCUGAAGGCUGCAAAUGCAGAGGCGCCACAUGCCAAAGGGCAGGCCAGACAAGUGUCUGGAGCUCUGAGGCCAGCAAGGGACCCCAGAGGGCAGACAAACUUUGAACCAAGUCAGAACCGUAACAGUAGUGAGACGGUGAAAAUUUCACCUGCUGGCCUAACGGGGCCCUCCCUGUCACUCCCGAGUGAGAGGGACCAUUUACACACACACACACACACACGCACACACGCAGAGGUGCACACGUUAUCCAAUGUAGAAACAGUUGCCCUCGUGUCAGUGCUAGACAGCAGAUCUUUUUGCUUGGGGCCCCAUGUGAACCUUGCAGCACCAUUAUGUGAAGGAGAAAUGGGCUCUGCACUGUCCUUUAGUGGAUGUAUUGCAUAAGGAGCACACAUGGAGAGUAUGUAGGCAAUGAUGUUUGAAAACCUUUGCUGUGAACCCUACUUUUUACAUAUAUGAAGUGAGCAUGAAUGGGUCGUUAAGAGUCCUGCUUAGCUGUGCUAGCUUUAACAUUAGCUAGAUGAACUCUGGACUCAGCUAAAAUAUUUGAAAUAAAAGUAAUAUCAUUGAAUUUUAAAGGUCUGAAUUAAUUGGUAGUGUUAAAUGUAGCUCUAUCACAGCUGUCAUGCAUUUUCUGAUCUUUCAUUUCUUAAUUUGAAAUCCUUCUUUGCAUUGAUAUGCUACAUCUAAAUGUUGUAUGGUUUGUUUGUUGUGUGGCUUCCAGAUAACAGAUCAGUAACUAAGUGUGGUCUGUUAUGACACUGAUCAAUAAAACUGACUUAUUCAAUACUGUUAACUUUAACAUCGUCAUUUCUGGAGUGAGUGCAUGCAUAAGAGUGUUGUUGCCUUUGUGUGCACCUUUCUACACACUGCAGAAGACGGCCAAACUGUUGCAUGAAAGGAGACAGCACUUGUCAGUAGCAGCAGCAUGGUAAGAGCAGUAAAAGCUGCUGUCCUUCCCCACUUGCACAGAGACAGACUAUUGAGUUUAUGAUUAGGCAGUCUGUCUUGUGCUGUGAUUAAGUCUAUUGAUGGCAUUGACAGUGCAAUUGCAUCGACUGACCGCUGAGUGUUUUCUAAAUGACAGGAAAAAAGACCUCCGUAGCUUGGCGCUCUUCUCUCAUGUAAAUGCACAAAUGUAGAUCUGUUACAAUCUACAUCUUCUUUGGUUUUACGUUUUAUGUCUGUUGCAUCACUUUCUUAUUGUUCACACUCCAACUUGGAGGCACUUCCCUCAUGAUGUUUGUGUAACAUUUACAUCUUUCUGGUAUUGAGUUGAGACAAUUAAUUGCCGUCAGGAAAAUGCUUGCAUUCUUUUGAGAUGGAUGGAUGGAUGGAAGCGUGUUUCAGCAGGAGAAUGAGAAAUGAACGCAGCACAGGAACCGAUGACAAAUGUUCCUUCACUCCUCUGUCAUAUAUUCUCUCACAAGUUUUUCUUGUCCUUUCUUUACAAUCCAUUUAAACUCUGGGUGUGUUUGUUGCUUAGCCUCCCCGGGCCAUAUUCACACAGCCUCUGUAAAUCCAAAACCCAACACCCUUCCACCACUCUUCUCCCUCUGGCUCCCAGCACAUACUGCUGUUGUAAACUGCUGCAAUAGAAAAACAGAGGCACCUCGGUCAACAUGCACUCUGCAGGAGAGCCGGAACCAACGUGAUGCUUCACCACGCAGACAGACCUCAUCGCUGCUGGCUCCGUUCCCUGCCUAGAACACCAAUGCAAUAUAAAACUGUGGCCGAGGCGGCUCAGGGCUGUGUGAAUGUGGCUCACAAGUAUUUAUUCAUAUUUAUCGAUGUGUGUUCUUAUUAAUUCCAGUCCUGUCGCUGUAUUCUAUUCUUUACAAGACUAUUAAAGGAAACCCUUGUUUUGAUCUGUUACUUGA